GAGUUUACUUUCAAUUUGUUCAUUCCUUUGUGGUCUUUUCUGUUUGGUGGGUUAUCAAAAGAUAGCUUGCUAGAGCAACAAUAUGGCGAGUUUUUUUUUAUUGGUCAUCACUGUUGGAUUUAUUGUGGAAAACUGGUUUUCUUCUGGAGCCCAUGUCUUUCUGUCCAGGCAGUCAUCGGACACACUCCUCAAGAGACAGAAGCGUUACAACACAGGGGCCUUGGAGGAGUUGAAACGGGACAACUUGGAGAGGGAGUGUUUAGAGGAGCGGUGCAACCUGGAGGAGGCCAGGGAGGUGUUUGAGAAUGAGGAGAAAACAAUGGAAUUUUGGGUGAAUUACCUUGAUGGUGAUCAGUGUGAUUCCAACCCAUGUGAGAAUGGGGGGAAGUGUCAAGAUGCCAUGAGUGCUUACGUAUGCUGGUGUCCACCCAAAUUCAAUGGGAAAAACUGUGAGAUAGAGGUGGCGAGGCAGUGUGACGUGAACAACGGCGGCUGCUCCCACUUCUGCGUGGUGAAAGACCAGCACGCGGUGUGUGGCUGCGCAGCGGGAUACACACUGGCUCAGGAUCAGACCACCUGUGUCCCUCAAGUACAUUUCCCCUGCGGUCGUCUUGCCAAGGCUGUCAGCUCAUCGCUAUCCUCCAGGUUACUCAUCCAGGCCGUAAACGUUGAUCAGACAAUGCACUCCUAUGAUGAAGGCCUCAACAUCACGGAGGCACUUGAGACCCACAUGAACACCUCUGGAGUGUCUGCCAAGGUCAAGCCAGCCAACCCCACUCUUCAUCCAGUCAGGACCAGUAACCAGUCUUCGUCUGUGUUGGGGGACCUGCCUUUCUGGGCCUUCUUUCCAACACUUGCCACCAUCCAGGAAGAGAAGUCCAAUGACCAACGCAUCGUUGGGGGUGACGAGGUGACUCCUGGGGAGAUCCCUUGGCAGGUGUCCUUAAUGAACAACAUAACGGGGCUAAGCUUCUGUGGGGGCUCCCUUCUCAGUGAGCUGUGGGUCAUCACUGCAGCCCAUUGCCUGAACGAAGGCCAUAUUGGAUCCUUAUUCAUCCGACUGGGCGAGCACAAUUUGGGGGUCAAUGAGGGGACAGAGCAGGACCAUGCAGUGGUUGAGCAUCACAUGCACCCGCGGUAUGAUGCCACAAAAAGCCUGUACAACCACGACAUCGCCCUGCUGAAGCUCCAGAAGCCUGCACUUUUCUCAGACUACAUCAUCCCCAUUUGCCUGGGGCCCAAAGACUUCACGGAUUCAUUGCUGAAGGACGCCUCCAACUCGCUGGUUAGCGGCUGGGGAAAGACGCGCUACCUGGGCAUGGAAUCCUCCACACUGCAGAAGGUGGAGGUGCCCUACGUAGACCGGACCGAAUGCAUGGGCAGCAGCGUGGAAAGGGUCUCCCAUUUCAUGUUCUGCGCCGGUUACCGCAAUGGGGAAAUGGAUUCAUGCCAGGGGGACAGCGGCGGUCCCCAUGCCACCCGGUUCAGAGACACCUGGUUCUUGACAGGCAUUGUGAGCUGGGGCGACGAGUGCGCCAAGGAGGGGAAGUAUGGAGUCUACACCCUCGUGUCCCGCUACUACCGGUGGAUCUCCAACAUUACUGGGCUUGGAAGCUUCAGUCCCAACUCAGAGGCUUAA